UGAGUCAGCGAGCAUCGACACCUGUCGGUAGUACGGAUCUUCGAUCCUGGAAGUCUGUCGUUUAGCGGCGAUCCUUGACACGACAAAGGUUUCGAGGAUAUCUGCCACAUGUCAAUCAUCCCGACUGCCGAUGAGCUGUUGUCUGGUCGGUGACCUUAUCUACCGCGCAAUCUGCCGAACACGUGCCAUCACGCCGACGUUCAGCCCGUUGCCAGGCUGGCAGCAGCUACGGACGCCGAGCAGCACUUCGCUGCAAAACAGCUGGUUACGUGUCAAUCACCCGACUGCUGAUGAGCUGAUGUCUGGUAGGCGACCUUAUCUGACGUGCAGUCAUCACGCCGUCGAUAAGCCAUUGUCAGGAUGGCAGCAGCUGCGAACGGCGAGCAGCACUUCACUGCAAAGCAGCUGGUCGUUUCUCCAGGUGACGUGGCUCUGGCUAUGCUGCAUAGGACAGAGCUUGCGAGCGAAGGAGGCAGCGGAGAAGAAGAGAGCAGAACAAGAGAAGAAGCGGCAAGAAGAAGAAAGACAGAGGCUUGAAGAAGUGAAGCAGAGGGAAGAAGCGGAGAAACGGAGAGCACAAGCAAUUAUGGAGACAACAGCAGCGCAAGCAUUCUCCAAACAGAUGACAACGCUAGAGGAGAAGAUCAAAGGUCAUGUCCAUUCAACACUCACCGCAUCAGAAGAAAAGAACGCAAGGUUGCAUGCGAACUUAAUGAGGUUCUUGGAACGCACUAAAGUGGACUUACCGAGAAGACCCAGAGGUGGACCAUAUCCAGACCCAAAAAGGAGGCUCAAUCUGGACGAUUACGAGCGAGAAGCGGAUGACGCGGAGAGGAGUGAUGCCACACCUGUUACCAAGAGAAGGACCGUAAUGUCGAGGAAAGGGAAGGAACCAGUGACUGCAGCUACGACGAAGAAAGGAGCUGCUGCCUCUUGCUCCAAGCAGGGUGUGAUUAAUUUCGUCCUCGAACUACGAGAGAGUUUGCAAACAAAACAAGCCCCAGAACUCAAGCGGAUGUGUAAAACGAAGAACAUCAAGUGGAUUUCGAAGGCUCAAGCAGUCAAGGACUUGGCGGCGGCGGAAGCAAGAGUGGCUUAUGAUGGGUUCUCACCAGCACUUAAUGUGGUUGGCCGAGCAGCAGGGACGAAACGUAGGACGAGACUCGAUAAGAAAGAGAGGAAGAAAAGAGAAACAUCUGCACCAACGUACAGGAGAGGACUUGUGUCCUUAGUCCUUGUGAAUAGCGAGAGGCGAUACUUUAGUCUAGCAGAGCUCUUGGAGGAGACGGUUGCAGCAGGGACGAAGGCGGUAGAAUUUGCGUCUUCCGGCGGUGAGGUGUGGGGUGAGGUGUGGGGUGAGAAGUGGUCUAUUAUACGAAGGAAGUUCGGUACGUCAACUGUUACGGGCAAAGAGGUGAAACUCCCUCUAAGUAGAUCCAAGCAGCUCCUAGAGAGAGGAGGCAGAUUUAGAUUAUCGCCCAUUGUGAAGACCGUGAGCGCAAGGUGUAGAGGGAAGGGUUACCUUCGAUUGCUACUUGAAAUGCCGAGGAAGCAAGUAGAGCUGAAGUACUUUGAUGUGGCCAAGCUAGUCUUCCUAUACAGAUGUGCUAGGGAGUUCAAAACGAAGGCUACGAGAAGGACCCUGAAAGAGAAGAUUGCUGCAGUAAUCAGGAAGAAGACUGGAGUGAAUAUCAGAAUGAAAGUAAAUGUGGGAGUGAAGUACAGCCACAAGCUGAGGAAGAGGAAGAUUCACAACACUGUAGUGUUGUGUUAUGUGUUAGCACGCAUUGCGCAGUGCUCCGCUGCUCCCCCGUUCAUGCAUAACGGAAAAAAUAUCCUGCAAUGUGACGUUGAUGCAAAGCAAGUAGAGCUGCAGCAAGCUGUUGGACGAUCCUUAGAGGCUGUCAUGAAGAGAGACCUCAUCCAGUUAGACCGAGGUUAUUUUCAGGACAGCAUCUCCGACAGCGCAGAGACCAGGCUGGCGGGCUCAGAAGAGCAAGCGUGUAAGCUGGCAGCGAUGUUAAGCCACCUCGUAGUGGUUCCAGUGGACAGGAACCCGGGCGACCUUGUAGUCAUGUGCCCGACGACGUACCACUAUGGGCUUCAGAUGAUGUUCAAUCUCAAUAUCGCCUACCAGCAGGUCACAGAAAAAUCCGAGAGUGAGGUGCUAACUCUGGUGAAGACGAUGUUCAAAAAAUUGGAACUUGACAAGAUCGGUGCCUGGAAUCCGUCGGCCAAGCUCGGGCAAGCAUAUGUGCUGCCGAAACAUAAAGAUCUAACGAGGUGGAGGCCCAUUGCGCCGACGUUCACAGAAGGAUCAAAGACCACAGGGAGGAGACUUGCACGAGCUCUCAACUUUCUGCUGGAGAGAGCCCCCGAAGCCAGGCACUUUAACCUUAAGGCUACGACAUUGCUGAAGCAAAAUUUGGAGACGGCAGUACGAAAGCUGAGUAUGUUUGGGGAGAAGUCGAUGGCCCUGAUGGCCAGCUUGGACAUCAAGGAGAUGUUCACGUCCUUGCAACACAGAGCGAUAGCCCAUGUAAUUGAUUGGCUGCUGCAGCAGUGGGAGAUGAAGAGUGUUUUCAAUCUGAGCCUGAGUAGAAGAGGCCGAGUUGUGAUCCUCAACCAGAAGAGCCUUCGUCAAGGUUAUGUUACAGUCAAGUUUUCCCAAAUCCGACAGAUGGUCAGCUUCGAACUGGAUAACGCGUAUAUCAUGUGUAAAACAAUGAUUCUCAAGCAGAUUGUGGGCAUACCAAUGGGGAAGCAUUCCAGCCCCUCACUAGCCUGUCUACUGUGUGCGAAGCAUGAGGUGGACUUUUUGAACUCGCUGGGCGCCGAUCAGAGGCUGGUGCAUGGAGUCAGAUUGGUGGAUGAUGUCACGAUAGCAGUGGCAUGUGACAUGUAUGAUCAUCGGAGUGUAACAAUAGCGAAGUGUAUACGCCAGAGCUUUGAGAAGACGUACGGGGAGCAGCUUGUUCUAGUAAGGACUGGCGACGGCUCUAAUUCCUGGAAUUUCCUAGGGACCAGGGCUGCAGCACUACCAGGCCCGAUCAAGUUCGUCAUCCGUCCCAGGCAUAAGAAUGAAGAAGUAACGUUGGAGGAACCACUCACCUUCAGGUGUUUCAAAGACUUCACGUCGUACUCAGAUAAACGAGCAAAAGCUGGCACGGUGAUUGUUGCACUUCACAGGAUCAAGCAACAUGCGAGUGACCCAGCAACAGGUGUCCCAGCGACGCUUUCAAUCAGCAUUGAGCUGAGGCAUACUGCCAGCGCCACCGGUUCGUUCAGAUCAGCGUUGAAGACGCUGACCGAACAACUGGUUAACUCAGUAAAUGGUGCUCGCGAUGUGGGAGUUGGUCGUUCCACGCCAGCCAACGAGCCCCCGCCUCUUAGGGAUGGUGUGGGCUCUGCGGCAUUUGACGAGGAGAGCACACGUGCAUUUAUUGAGAGUCGCAAGUGGGGGGGGAGUGCCGGCAGUUCAGCGCCCGCGCUCGCCCCUGUUUUCAGGAGUGAUAGGCAGUCAGAUGCCGCACGGGGUGGUACUGCGGUGGCACCUGGCGCAUCACCCCGCAGUUCGUCGGAGCACCCCUGGCUGCCACCGCCGCAAUCGAGAGCGACGCAGCGUCCAAUGAUCCACCACGCUCACGGAACCGCCCACCCGGAUCCGUCACACGCACCUGCAGAUGCUCGACAUUCUGCUUCCGUGCCUCGUUUCGGGGAACAGGUGGAUCAUGGGGUGCCUGCCGAGGAGGUCCCCGCUCCGGUGUCCGAUUCAUCGCCGACCCUUGUUCCGACAACCACGGGCGGUGGUCGGUCUGCCCCACAGCCUCCACCCGUGUUGACCGGAACGUUAGACCCUUUGCAGCGCAUUUGUGACCUUGCAGUCGCCCAGAGCGCGACACCUGUGAGCCCUGGCGGGUUGUUGGAUGCCGGGGUCCUCGGCGGGAGAGCUACGACGGGACGAUGUCGGGGCACUUACAGGCAGCAAGCCGUCACGUCAUAUUAUUCGGACCCUUUGGAGCGCGCAUGGCAUCUGCAAAUCAUGCGGUUCAUCGUCGAGAGCGGGAUGCCGUUCAACAACACGAAGCUUGAAAGCUUCAAACGCAUGUUCACGAUGAUAAUCCCGUCGGGGGUUCCAGGGGCGCCUGCGCCUAGACUUCCCUCGUACCACAUGCUGCGCACGACCCUUUUGGACAAGCUGGAUGGUGAGGUCCAGAAGUGUGUUCGGCCGGUGCUUGACACGUCAAGAGAGACCGGUUGCACAAUCAUGACCGAUGGUUGGACCAACAUCCGUGGUCAGACGUUGUGCAACUACCUUGUUGGUACAGAGAUCAGGGUGGUGUAUGUGUCCACCGACGUCAUGCGUGGCAAAAAGGACGCCAGUGCCCUCGCGAAUGCAUGGUUGAAAAGGGUGAAGUCCAUGGACGUUCAAUUGAGCGACAUCACGGCGUUCGUGAUGGACUCCGCCGGGGUGAACGUCGCGGCGAUGGAGGUAUUCCAAAAAGAUGAGAGUGUGAAACACAUCUUCUGGAUUCCUUGCGUCGCCCACAUCAUGGAUCUCAUUCUCGAGGACAUCGGCGGGAUUGAUUGGGUGGCUUCCCGCAUUUCUCAAGUGAGGCUGGUUACAAGGUUCUUCAAGCGCCAUGGACAUGCGAGAGAGGUUCUUGAGGCGCACUUGACGAAGACUCUUCUGCUACCGGCGGAGACGCGUUUCGGCAUGAACGUCAUCAUGAUGGAGAGGCUGGUGGCACUGCGGGCCGCGUUGACAGAUGUUGUGGCCGACGAUCGCUGGCGCGAGACUGUUUGGUCGACCAGCAAGAUCCGCAAGGAUGCAGCGGAGGGGUUGGCGGAGGAGGUAGCACGGAACCGUCGUGGUGGACCGCACGUCGCAGCUCAACGUAGUCUGGAAGGUUCACUAGAGGCAGCGUCUGGAGAUUUUUUGGCGCAGGGGGGUCAUGGUUCGCAGCUGUUAUCGGACGGCGUGUCAUCAGUCCAUCCACCAGAGGAGGGCCCGCAGCAAGAGCCACAUCGAGGGCCAGCGGAGACUUUAGAGGCGAGGCCUCCCGGAGUUAUCUGCUCGGACGGAGGCGAGGGCGUGAGCGAGGAUACAGUGCAGUUAGGGAGCGCAGAUGGUGGACGGUCCUUCAGGGGGGGCAUCGAGCGCAAAGGGUCAUCGACCACACACCCCAGCAUUGUCAGGCCCAGCACACAUGACGUUGGAGACGGGCACACAGAUGAGCCUCGACCGCAUUUGACGGGGAUGCGUGACAUUAUGUGUCCACCACCCUCACGCCCCUCUGCCGCUGAUCCUGCCACCCACGGGCAGGCCGCGCCAAGCACAUUGCCUACGAGGUCUUUCUACAACGGUGCGGGCAUGGACCGGAGGGCGGGCGAUAUCGGACAGACAUCAGCAUAUGGACCGACAGAUGUGCCCGCGGGGGCGCGAUCGAUCGGCAACGUCGAUGGCACUUAUCAUGAUUCCAUGAGAGCUUACGAGGAGCAGCAUGGGAGGCCUAUACGGGCCAAGACGAGCGAUGUCAACGACACCAGGACGGCAAUUGCGAGGCUAUCACGGGCGAGGAAGAAGGGAACAGGUGUGUCGAUUCCGUAUCACCGGCGCCGCCUGCAUCCUUUUUUCCGCAACAGGGACGAAACCAGACACAUGCCAGCUGCCGCAGAUGUGAGGGGGGGGCGGAGGGAGGUGACAGAGUGGACGAAGCAGGUCGAGGUGAGAAGAGACGAGGCGACACGAUCAUCCUCCACGACGACAGCUCCACAACCGCUGAGGGGGGUGAGACCACAGGCGCCGACGAUCCUGAUGACUCCGAUUACGUCCCGAGGAUCCGUACGGCGCACGGAGAUGACGGCGGAGGUCGUCGCGUGAGGAUGAGGACUGGACCUGGCCCGGAUGGUCAUUGCACCCCAGCGG